AUGACAAAAGACUACCCGAGGAAGGAGAGCGUGAUUCCGGCACUCCGCCUGUUCGCGGUCGUCAGUGCCUCGCUGCUCCUCUUGGCCAAAGCUGAUGGGAGCGGUGCCGAGGGACCUCAAACACCACAAAUUACAGAAACAACCACAUACGCUGUCAAAUUGGGAGAUGAUGGCACAUGCCUCACCGAGAUCAACGGUGCUCGUAAGAAGGCCGGUUUCAAUGAUUUCGUAAUACCUCAAGAGGGGAAGGACAAAAGACUACCCGAGGAAGGGGAGCGAGAUUCCGGCAACUAUGCCGAAUGGGUCUGGAAACCCGUUUGCGCCGCCUUGAUUAAAGAAGAAGCAGGAGAAGGGAAAUCUGAUACAGCUUCUGAAACCUUCGGGAGCGGCACAUACGCAUACCACGUUGUCGAUGAUACUAGUGCCCCCAACUGCGCUGGCGUAGUGGAUCAGUGGAAGAAAGCCUACAGCAACUUCAGUGCAAUGCCUCCAUCGAGAAAGGAUGACAAUACAGUGUACUCCAACCAGGACAACGUUUCGCUCGUUGCCAUGUACAACCCUUCAGAUGACGCCACUGCCGACUGCCGAAUCGUCACCUGCACUAAAACAACCAAGACAUCUACUGCUGCCCCGGGGAAACAGGGUGGUCAGGAGGUUGAAGCAGAAACAAAAGAAGGCUCUGCUUUGAUUUGCAUGACGACGCCUGACGUUCUUUCGGAGAAAAGUGAAAGUGCUCCCUUCACGGAGGAGCAGUGGGGCCGCAUCGUCAACGCCAUCGAAAACUCCGCUUCGGCUCUCUUACCCGGUUUUCUAGGCCUUGCUGCAGUAGCCCUUGGCUUCGUGGCAACGAUGUGA